ACGGAGAGUCAGAGACUCGGACUCGGACUCGGACUCGGAGACCGAAGGCUUCAAAGCUUCAGGCAGAAACUUGAAGUGCAGAAAACCUGCCAGUGCAGGAAAAGGGGAGCGCUAGCUUGCGACGUUCUGACUCUGAGCGGUGAGCACUAGAGGACCUUCCCACAGGGGCAAAGAUGGGGAAGACUCCGGUCCGCUUGAAGGAGGUGAUCUACAUGCUGUCCCCUCACGAGCAGAGGGCGUUGACCGGCCUCUUUCACGACAUGCCUGGGAAGUUGCACAAGAAGAUCUCAGAGAAUUGGACUGACAUCGUUUGCUUUGUUGCACCCGUCGUUGGAACAGUUUGGUAUGCAAACGACUACAUUGAGAAGGAGAAGCAUCAUCACAGAUUUUAGGUCCGGAAGCCUUGUCUAGGAUGUUGCACUAGCGCUUGCACUGCCCCAUGGCUCCCUGCAGUUGCAUGGUCACUACCGACCAGUUCGCUUGAAAGGUUGAGGCAAGCUGUUUUGGGUUGGGAGUUGAAGUCGCUGGGAAGGUCCAGCUGGCCGUUCCCACACCAUAUGAGCAACUUGACUGCGGACAGAAGUAAAGACUUGUUUCAGAUUUUUCAAUCUGCAUUAUUGAUUUCCGAGUAAGGUGAGGGCAGUCGUUGCCUCGUCUAUUUAUGCUGCAAGUUGCACUGCAGCGGGUAAAGGCCUGCACGAGAAUGCCGGCCAAGGUAUAUUGCAAUGUGUUUCUGGUACAUACGAGCAGUCAGGUUCCUAGCGCUGACCACAUGCUGAGCCACAUAUUGUAAUGGACAUGUCUCAACGCGUAGCAUGCAACAAUGACAAUGUG